AUGACGGACAAUGGGAAGCGACCAAGUUCACCUAGUACAGCAGCAUUAGAUAUUACUAGUAUCAAUGCGGCAUUCGCUGAACGAGGCACUGGGCCUUACAGUCUGGCCUUUAAGGUCAAGAUUGUUGCAGUGAAGCCAGCAGAAGUAUACUGGACGGAUGGGGAAGAGAAGAGAGUGAUGCACUUUGCCAUGAGUGACGGCAACACCACUGCAAAAGGGAUCUGCUGUGACGCAGCAAAAAUUGGCAAAGUGCAGGUGGGCAACACUUUGAUUGUGCGUAACACCAUUCGCAGAACCGAGGAUGAGGGAAGAGUGCUGAUAUUGACGAGCGCGUCAAAGGUGCUCAUGUCGGUACCUCUACAGGUUCCUCCACAACAUGUGAAGGAUGGUGAGAGGCUCCUCAAUCCACCACCGGCGGAGAUAGAAGACGAACCGAGAGAGGUGCCGGUACAGGGUGGAAUGAUCUCCAUCAAGACCAUCACUGUCCAGGAUGACAGUUCAAAGACGCAGGUCACUUUGGCGUGA